CCUUCUUCCUCUAGUCUUCUUAGAUAUCUUUAAUCAACUUUCUUAGUUUUUCACUUUCCUGACCACUUUGGGAAGGUCCGUUCCCGUUCGGACGUUUCGUACACUUGCUCCGUUAUGCAACGAUGUUCCAAGAUACAAUCCGAUCUUACGUUCGUGCGACGCCUUUACAUGCCAGACAUUCUGUUAGAGACCAGAGUGGUGAAUCUACAAAAGACUCACUUACUUCGGGCGACUCGAUAGCUCGACAGCACAAUAGGACUACUAAGAUUUUGCGAAGCAAAACAGUCAUACAAACUCGAAUCUGCCGGCAUUUCCAAGCAACGGCCUGUCUGCAUUCGUCCACUCGCCUUGCAGGCUUCAACGAUCUCCCCCAGGCAGUCCGAAUGCGUAUCUACGACUACACAUUCGCCGCGAAACUCUCCGCCAACUCACUCUACAAUGAGUUUCCGUACAUCAGAAUUGGUACCGUCGCUAGCCGACUUACUGUUGAUCCGUCCUUUCUUGACCUCUUUCUUGACCUCUGGAGCGACCUACGUUUCGUCAGCUACGACAUUGCCGCGGACGCCUUGCCAUGGCUUUGCAUGACCUAUCCGAUUACAUUAGAGCGUACAGGUGUCAUAUCCCUCGCGGCGGCCGAGCGUAGCCCUCUGCAGAAGAUCCUACCUUAUUGUCGGCGCCUACAUGUCUGGCUCCGGGAGGAAAACGAAAGUCCUGUCCUGCCUUGUCGACCCGCUCGACGUGAGACAAGGCUCUCUUCGAGCGAAUGGCUGCAGGUCUGUCAUCAAUUACCCAGCACUUCGUUGGUUCUCGGCCUGGCAGGCUUUGACAGCGAAGGCUCCGCGGCCAAGGCCUUAGAGCCUUUGAAGAAGCUGUCUUUGUCACAGGUUGGAAUAAGUCAGCAUUACAAUUCAUCUGAUCUGAAUACAAUAAAGGUGAUCAAAGCCUUUUUUAUGCACAUGAUCGAAAAAGAACUCCUGGCUCGCGGCGGGUCUUUUCGGUUUCUAGAUUUACCAAUGGAGUUGCGACAGCGGGUGCUUCGAUAUACUGACCUUCUCGCACCAUUUCGGGAAGUUAUACGGAAACAGAAUCGUUUUGCUUUAUAUCCGCGAGCCUCGAGUCGCUGUCGGAAGCAGAAGCGGGAGCUGUGCUGUCGGGAAGGCCUCGUCUAUCCACCAUGCGCAUGCUAUCGUUCCCCAAUCUCCAUCUUCCUCGUCUGUCGAACAAUGAGCGAAGAUGCGCGGCAGGUAUUCUACAGCUCGAAUCGAUUCGUCCUAGUACCUGAUCUGCCACCUAAAGAUGCUCCGAACGCAGGUGACUACAUAACCCUGCUUACUGACACUAAACUAUUCUUGUCAAGAGCACUCUCACUACAUUCUCUGCAUCAUUUAAGAGAUCUCGAGAUUUUCUUCCAUUAUCGCACAUAUUCUAACAUUACCGAGGACAGCACGAACGAGCGUGCCGUGAACCAGGUCGUUAGACUAUUGGCGCAAGAUAUGGGCCGCUUAUCCCUCACGAUCUACCUAGAUCCACAUCAAGAGAGUGCCUACACAGAUUCCGACGGGCGGGACCUUUCGAUAUCUCAAGAAAUCCAGUUCGCCGCGCAAUCACGGUUUGUAACCUUGCUACAGCCGCUCCGGCGGUUGACGUCGUUUUUCGUGAAGAUCGGCCUAUUAGACACCGAAACCUGGCAAAUGGAUGAAGUCCUGCUACGCAAACAUGAUCAAGAGCGGAGACUGGAGCAACUUGUCAUGGGUGAAAGCUACGACGCGCUCCGCCAUGGCAAGAGCCAGCGACGGCCCAGUCUUUGGGAAACCGCUGAUUCGUGCUGUGACUAUAAUUCGCAAAUAGAUGGACAUAUUUGCUAAGUGUUCUGAAGACUCCAGUCGUGUCCAUUUUUGCGUCGGCGUGCAGGGCUGCUUCGAAUUCGCAAGCUCAGAUACCGCGUAGAAGAUCCCAUGCAACAGGAACGUUCGCUAUGAAAUGCCCGCUUCGUGAGAGGACCACGGCAAUGUCAAUUGCGAAUGUCAGGCAGACCGGACCGAAAUCGGCUGGGCCGCAGCCUUAGAUCUUUGUCGGUGUUAUCUGGGCAACAAAUUUGUUGCCGUGAUUUUGGUCGUGAGAGACCGAACAACAGGUCACGGAUGCAGCGAUAAUACAGCUCGCUUUACUUUGUCUAUGUCGUGCAGCUUUCCUCUCCACGAUUAUUCUGCUCUCUAGAAACAAAUUUAUACAAGCCCGUACGUUACAAUCAAUUCACAAUUGACCGACC